AUGCCUGCCCCUCAACCUUGGCAGGGCGCAGGUGUCCAACCCAGCCCGGACCCCCUCCUGGAACCCAGGUGUUCUGGCUCCCAGACCCCAAUUGAACUGGGGGCGUCCACCCGCCGGGGGACCCCGCCCUGCAUCCCCCAUUCAUCCGCGUCCAGCCCCGGGAGUUUCUCAAUGGGAAGAGGGCGGAGCUCCCAGGAGGCGGACCCGGGCGGGGCGAUCUGGAUUGGGCCCUCUUGGGGUCUCCCAGAGACCCAAGGCGCGGAACUGGCAGGCGUUUCAGAGCGUCAGAGGCUGCGGAUGAGCUCACUUGGAGGACUCCAGGCCAGAGACAGGGGUUCUCUAGGCUGGGGCGAAGAGUCGAGCGCGAAGGGGGCUCCGGGCCAGGGUGACAGGAGGAGUGCUUCCGAGGAAGAAGUUGACAGGGAGGUCCGUGCGACUGCAAAUCUCGUGAACCUUGGGGGACACACGCUCAGGAUGCUGGUCCCCGCCCUCCUCGUCCUGCUCUUCUGCUUCAGAGGGAGCGCAGGUACCCCACGAAGGGAGCGGAUGAAUAUGGGGUGGGUGUGGGGGGAUUGCUUGCUGGGCUGCCCCUUCACUAGGGAGAAGGGAGUUGGGGGCUGGGACCCCUGGGUCCUGAAUGAGGGGGCUCUUGAAGGUGCUAAGCUCAGCCCUGCUGCCCCCAACUUUCCUAGACCCGCGCCCCAUUUCCUGCAACAGCCAGAGGACCUGGUGGUGCUGCUGGGGGAGGAAGCCCGUCUGCGGUGUGCUCUGGGCGCCUACUGGGGGCUAGUUCAGUGGACUAAGAGUGGGCUGGCCCUAGGGGGCCAAAGGGACCCGCGAGGGUGGUCCCGGUACUGGAUAUCAGGGAAUGCAGCCAAUGGCCAGCAUGACCUCCACAUUAGGCCCGUGGAGCUAGAGGAUGAAGCAUCAUAUGAAUGUCAGGCUACACAAGCAGGCCUCCGCUCGAGACCAGCCCAACUGCACGUGCUGGUAAGGACCUCACCCACUUGUCCCCUGGGAGCCCAAGGGGGCAGCCAUCCCCCAGAAGUCCCCCAGGUGCUGGGCGGCCCCUCUGUGUCUCUCAUUGCUGGAGUUCCUGUGAACCUGACAUGUCGGAGCCUUGGGGAUGCCCGCCCUACCCCUGAAUUGCUGUAGUUCCGAGAUGGGGUCCGGUUGGAUGGAACCACCUUCCAUCAGACCCUGCUGAAGGAAGGGACCCCUGGAUCAGUGGAGAGCACCUUAACCCUGACCCCUUCCAGCAAUGAUGAUGGAGCCACCUUGGUCUGCAGGGCCCGGAGCCAGGCCCUGCCUGCAGGAAGGGACACAGCUAUCACACUGAGCCUGCAGUACCCCCCAGAGGUGAUUCUGUCUGCUUCACCACACACUGUGCAGGAGGGAGAGAAGGUCACUUUCCUGUGCCAGGCCACAGCCCAGCCUCCUGUCACAGGCUACAGGUGAGGACGAAGACCACCUCUCCCUAGCCCCAAGAGUGAGCUUGGGAAGGGCUGGGACCUGAGUAGGUGUGCCGGAGAGCAGGGACAAGGGUAACAGCGCCACCAUUUCCUCAGGUGGGCAAAAGGGGGCUCCCCGGUGCUCGGGGCCCGCGGGCCCAAGUUGGAGGUCGUGGCAGACGCCUCGUUCCUGACUGAGCCCGUGUUCUGCGAGGUCAGCAAUGCCGUGGGUAGCGCCCACUGCAGCACUGCGCUGGAUGUGCUGU